CACGUGCCUAUUUCGAGGCUUCAUGUUGGUUUGGAAGCCGGCAAAACAACAAAAUCUUUUACUGUAUUUUUUACACGUAUUUUUUAUAUUUCCCCUCCUAUGCGCCCUUGAUUUGCUCUCCACUCUAGCAUCAUAGAACUGAUGGACCAUCCGUCUCAGUAAUCAUCAAACGCCAGAUCCCGGGCAAGAUCGUCUGUCAACAUCUAGUCAGCUGACAUUAGGGAUUGAAUGCAAAUCCCUGGAAAUCGACUGUGCCUACACGGAAAGGUCCAACAAGCAAAUAUCUAGCUGAACCUUACGAAGAAGGGGCUAUGUCUACCCUAAAUGUAGACCCGAGACUUCUCUUGAUUGCAAGAAGAAAGAAAAUACCUUAUGGAGUCCGCUUAUUUCAGUGGUUUGCAAAGGAUAGAAAUCGACUGUACCGGGGUCAUGUACUCAUUGUCACUUUCUUGGCAUACACUACCUACCACUUGUCCAGGAAACCAAUCAGCAUUGUCAAGGGUACUCUGAAUGCUAACUGCUCUAGUGACUCUGUGACUCCUCUGAAAGGGUCAGUUCUUGGAAGCUGUUCAGACAUUAGAAAUGGUAGCGCAGCAUGUAGGAUGACUACAAGUUGCCCUUCCUGGGCCCCCUUUGAUCAGGCAAAUGGAAAAGAGCUUCUUGGUGCACUGGACUUGGCCUUUCUGUUCUCCUAUGCCAUGGGAAUGUUUGUAAGUGGGUAUGUAGCGGAGCACAUGGACAUUCGGCACUUCCUUACAACUGGCAUGCUAAUGAGUGGCAUCUUUACUGCACUGUUUGGCCUCGGCUAUUUCAUCAAAAUACACAACCUUGCUUUCUUCCUCACAAUGCAGAUUUUUGCAGGCUUUUUCCAGUCCACAGGGUGGCCAAGUGUUGUUGAAUGCGUAGGAAACUGGUUUGGUAAGGGGAGGCGUGGACUUAUCAUGGGCAUCUGGAAUUCACACACAUCAGUCGGCAACAUUGUUGGUGGUCUGAUUGCUGGUAUCUGGGCAAACAAUGCCUGGGGCUGGUCAUUCAUUGUUCCUGGUCUAAUUGUAGCUGGAAUGGGAAUUUUUGUGUUUUUCUUUCUUGUAGUAGAGCCUACACACGUUGGGUGUCUUCCUGCCAACCAGACUGAGCCAACUGCUGUUGAAGUCAAAUUUGAAGGCGAGGAGGAGGAGGCUGAGCGCUUGCUGUCCAGCUGCCCUGAGGGUUCUAUAGCUGAUUCAAUAACCACAUCAGCAUACCUGACAUCUAGAGGGGCAACAGGGCUUGAUCACAAUGCUGUGGGAUUCUUCAGGGCACUCUUAAUACCCGGCGUGGUUGAGUAUUCGUUAUGUCUAUUCUUUGCUAAGUUAGUGAGCUACACUUUCUUAUUCUGGCUACCCUUCUACAUUGAGAACACAGAUAUUGGAGGGAAAAGAUAUGGGCCAGAAAAGGCUGCUGACUUGGCCACCUUCUUUGACUUUGGAGGGAUCAUAGGGGGAAUUAUUGCCGGGGUAAUCUCAGACAAAACGAAUUGUAGCGGCAUUACAGUAGUGGUCAUGCUAAUACUUGGAGGCCCAAUGUUGUUUAUUUACCGGUUCUUUGCUAAUUCAAGUUUAAGUCAAAACAUUGGGCUGAUGUUCCUGUCUGGAAUACUCGUCAAUGGGCCUUAUGCCCUUAUCACGACAGCCGUCUCUGCCAACCUGGGGACUCACGAGUGUUUGCGAGGUGACACAAAAGCUAUGGCGAUAGUCACAGCAAUCAUCGAUGGCACCGGAUCUUUAGGAGCAGCGCUUGGACCCUUACUCACCGGUAUAAUUUCGCCCUCUGGGUGGAAUAAUGUAUACUACAUGUUGAUUUGCGCAGAUAUGUUAGCCGCUGUGUUCUUAUUACGACAAGUUUUCUUUGAAUGUCUUACGAUCAAGGCAAAGCUAAGCAAAACAAGACCAAGAUACCGUCCUACCCGGGUAUCCGUCGCAGAGUCAUUAUUAGAGAGAAGUCUAAACCCAGAGUUGCUUUACGCCGAUUAGAUAUCUUCAUACAAGUAUGGCACAAUGAAGUACAAUACUAAGGGAGAUAUGAUCACUACAAGAUGACAUUAGAUUGUUGCCGUAUGGACUGACGGUGACACACAAGAUCGUACUUACUUUCCCAAAAGCUGUGCUAGUUGAACUGUCAUCAUCGGCAACAUCCUAGACGCCAAAUGCUUUCAUAAAAAGUAGACUAGUAGACUAAAGAGGUUUUAAAUAUAUAUUUUGAUAUAUUUUUUACAUAUGUAAUGAUAUAUCUUUUUAAAGGGAGUCACAAAAACCAACAA